AAUUAAAAAAAUGUCUAAAUUCACAAAACCCACAUAAGCAGCUAACAAGCUCGUCAAAACAAACCAAGGUGCUCCAAUUAAGAAACAAGACUCAGAUUCUGAAGAUUUGAGCGAUGUUCCUCCUCCCCCCAAAAAAUAAUAACAAAAGCCAGUUGGAACAACCAAAGUAGCUGCUAAGGCUCCAUAAGUUGAUUCAGAUGAUCAAGACGAACCAGUUAAGUUGGUAUAAUCAGUGAAAAAGGGCAGUUUUGAUGCAACAAAGCCAAACACCACAAAUUAAAAUGUAGCCAAGUAGGCAUAAAAGAAGCCUGUUCAAUAAGAUGAUGAUUCUGAUGAUGUACCACCUCCUCCAAAGAAGGGAGCAGUGGUUUAAAAAAAGCCUGUCAAAUAAUAGGAAUCUGAUGAAGAUUCAGAUGAUGCCCCCCCUCCCCCCAAGAAGGCACCAGUAGCCACAAAACCAGUUGCCAAGCCAGCUGCCAAGGCCCCAGUCAAACAAUAAGUCUAAUAAGAAGAUUCUGAUGAAGAUUCAGAUGAUGUUCCUCCUCCCANUAUUCCCUGA